AUGGGGCACCCCGAUAAGAAACCCGUCGGGUAUCGGGUCGUGUUCGGGUACAUAUGUAAAAAUCGGGUUCGGAUUUGGGACACCAUGCCCCGCUCCGUUGCCAUUCCUACAUUUAGUGUACCUCAUUUAGUGAACCUUACCUUCUUUAAAGCAACAAUCUUUCCAGUUUCAGGGUCUCGAGCUCUAUGCACGCUGCUGUACAUAGUGGUUUUCUCUAAGACAAAGGAUUCCAAAAAGGUUUAUAUGUUACAUUUUGAGAGAGAAGCUCUUGUUAGUGGUUCUGGUUCAGGUUCAAAGCGAACAUGGAGGACGUAUGGUAGCCUUCGAGUCCCUAUGAAGGAUGAACUUCAGUUAGCUCCAGGUGGUAGUUUCACAAAGGUGAUGACCUUACAUGUGACAAUGCAAAUCUUGAAGGUGAAUCAGGGUCACACUCUAAGCAAUUGA